AUGACAGCGUCCGUGCUCCUCCACCCGCGCUGGAUCGAGCCCACGGUCAUGUUCCUCUACGACAACGGCGGCGGCCUGGCGGCCGACGAGCUCAACAAGAACAUGGAAGGGGCGGCGGCGGCGGCGGCGGCGGCGGCCGCGGCGGCGGCGGCGGCCGGGGCGGGGGGCCCCGGGGGCUUCCAUCACCCGGCCGCCGCCGCCGCCGCCGCCGCCGCCGCCGCCGCGGGGGGAAACUUCUCGGUGGCGGCGGCGGCGGCGGCGGCGGCGGCGGCGGCGGCGGCCAACCAGUGCCGGAACCUGAUGGGGCACCCGGCGCCCCUGGCCCCCGGCGGCGGAGGCGCCUACAACGGGCCCGGCGAGGCUCCCCCGCUCCCGGCCGCCGCCGCCGCCGCCGCCGCCUCGUCGUCGUCGUCCUCCGGGGCCCCCUCCGCCCCCGCGGUGGCCCCCUCGGCGGCCGCCCCCUCCGCCGCCGCGGGCGACCCCGUCAAGCAGUGCAGCCCCUGCUCCGCCGCCGCCCAGACGUCUUCCGGGGCCGCCCUGCCCUACGGCUACUUCGGCAGCGGCUACUACCCGUGCGCCCGCAUGGGCCACCACCCCAACGCCCUCAAGUCGUGCUCCGCCCAGCCGUCGGGGCCCUCCGCCGCCGCCGCCGCCGCCGCCGCCGCCGCCGCCUUCGCCGACAAGUACAUGGACACGUCGGGCCCCGCGGCCCCCGACGAGUUCGGCUCCCGCGCCAAGGAGUUCGCCUUCUACCACCAGGGCUACGCCGCCGGGCCCUACCACCACCACCACCACCACCAGCCCGUGCCCGGCUACCUGGAUAUGCCCGUGGUGCCCGGCCUCGGGGGCCCCGCCGAGCCCCGCCACGAGCCCCUGGGGCUGCCCAUGGAGACCUACCAGCCCUGGGCGCUGCCCAACGGCUGGAACGGCCAGGUGUACUGCCCCAAAGAGCAACCCCAGCCUCCCCACCUCUGGAAGUCCACUCUGCCCGACGUUGUCUCGCAUCCCUCCGAUGCGAACUCUUACCGGCGUGGGCGGAAGAAGCGGGUGCCUUAUACCAAGGUGCAGUUGAAAGAACUCGAAAGGGAAUAUGCUACAAAUAAAUUCAUUACCAAGGACAAACGAAGAAGGAUAUCCGCCACGACAAAUCUGUCUGAGCGACAGGUCACAAUCUGGUUCCAAAACAGAAGGGUCAAAGAGAAAAAAGUCAUCAACAAACUCAAGACGACCAGUUAA